AUGUGGUUUUUGCGACCGAGCGAGGGUCUGAAUAACGCUGCUGCUGCUUGUGCUUUUGUUGUGUCCGUUUGCCGGGAGAGCGAGAGCUUUAGCCAUCGGGCCCUCGAUGCGCGCUCAGCUCUGAUCCAUCCAAACAACCUCGACGACGGCGUGCACUCGCAGGCGAACCAGCUGUCUUCCGCGGCCAGCUGGUCCAGACUGUAUUUUUGCAAUAAUAGCAGCCGAUCCGCUGCGUGUUUUCUUGGUCGACCCAGACUCGCAUUUUCGCCUUGUUCUAUUGAUACAACCGUGUAUAUUUCGAAGCCACGUGUGUUAGACCCUGCUGCUUCGAAGCCACACCAAAAGGACCCGAUGCGGCAAAUUGAGCAUCGUCGUCUGCUGGUCGUCAGAUCGGGAUUGUGUCGACAGUUCGCUAGCUGCUGCUACCGCAGCCUGUGGAUGGCGUGCGCCUACAACUUCGGACCGGCACUAGUCAUACUGCCCGUUAGUGGGGCCGACGUCUUCCUAGCGCUUGCUCUUUGGGUGAUUGCAGAUAGUUCCGCUUUUCGCGUCCAUCAUUGUUGCGUUGAAUUUUGGGAGAAGGAAGACGGCCGUGAUGAUUCUGUCCGUCAAUUGCCUUCUGGUCUAGCCCUGCUACCCAAGACUGAACCGACCUCAAACCACAACCCUAUCCAGGCUUCGUACUGCAUGCCACUGCGGUCUCGCCUCUCGCAAAGAACUCUCCGAUGCCUGCGUCCGAAUCAGCGCCUCCAGUACUCGGUUCAUCGUUUCGAGAUCAACGCUGCUUGCUCGUAUAACAACCCUUCACAGCUAUUGAUCCGGAUGCAUGUACGGGAUGGCAAAGAAGUUGGAGGCAUUGGGACGCCAUGGCUGCGACAAGAAGCCUCGAGGUGUACUGAGUAA